AUGGGCGACGCUGAACAACUUCCCCCGGUGGCCGACCAGCCAACAGAUGCAACAACUACAGAAAGUACACAAGAGCAGAAACCCAACGACCUCGAAGCCAUCCUGGCGCGCCACCGCAAGGAACUCCGCGACUUGCAGUCGAGGGUGACGCAAAAGAAGAAGAAUGCGACCAAAAAGACGAGGAAAAAGGUUAAUGAUGAGUGUGCUGAGCUGGAGAGGGCGUUGAAGGAGAGGCACGAGGCGGAACUGGCGCAGGUUACGGGUGGUGGCGGUGAUGCUGAGCCUGAGCCCGUAUCAGAACCUGAGGAGGAGAGCGGAAAGGAUGAGGUUGAGACUGUUACGGAAAGGGUUGAGGAAAUGAGGGUUACACCACCAUCAUCACCAUCACCACCACCACCACCACCACAACAACAACAACAACAACAACAACAACAACAACAACAACAACAACCAGGGAAGAAACGAAACCGGCAGAAGGAAAGAUUGGCGAGACGGCAGGCUGAGGUUGAGGCUGCUAGUGCCAGGGCACAGGAGGAGGCGUCGCGGAUGACGGAUCAUGGGGCUGUGGAGAAGGCUCAUGUUGAUGGGGUUUUGAAGAGGGAGGGGUUGGAGGAGGUGGAGGUUAGGGCUGAUGGGCAUUGUUUGUUUGCUGCUGUUGGCGACCAACUUUUUCGGAGGGGGGUGACAGAGGAGUUGUUGGAUUAUAGGGAGGUGAGGAGACGGGCGGCGGAGUAUAUGGACAGGAACAGGGAUGAUUUUGAGCCGUUUGUGGAUUUGGAGAGUCAGAGUUGGGAGGAGUAUUUGAGGAAGAUAAGGGAUACUUCUGCUUGGGGGGGCCAGCCGGAGCUGUUGGCUCUGGCGAAGGUGUUUGGGGUGGGCAUUACGGUUGUGCAGGUGCCGAGGAAUGAGGUUAUCAAUAGGGAGGGGGGGGGGAAGAUGCUGUGGGUGGUUUAUUAUUGGAGGGGGAGUAAUUCGGGGAGGCAUUAUAACUCUUUGAAGUCUGUCUCUUAG